UUAAUAAAGGUCAAAAUUUGUUGAGGUCUAACGCAAUGGUUUCGUGGUGUAGUUGGUUAUCACGUCAGUCUAACACACUGAAGGUCUCCGGUUCGAACCCGUGCGAAGCCAUCUUUUUUUUUUUUUUCUAGGGAUUUCCCUUUUUGAUAACUUCCUUCACGAAAGCAUACAAACUUCUUGAAACUUAUUUUCCUUCUAAUUUGCGUCUUUGUUUUAAACAUCUCUUUCGUAAAUUACUUUGACGGCAUAAUAAUUCUUCAGUGGGCGAUGCGCUACCGUGAUAUUUACCAUCCAAUUUGAUUAUAUAUACUCUCAAGAAACAUCAAUGAAGAGAAGGAGGAGGUCGCAAGUGUUCUUCAAACUUUGCAAGAAAAAGUCUAGCUAGCUAGACCCCUUCCACCAAAGCAUACAAGAUACUGCUGCAAUGGUCCUGCUCCUCUCUUUCAAACAGAGGAUUACGCCGCACAACUGGACUUAUUUGACAUCUGACAGGCCUAGCCCAAUAAGCUACUCUCUGCCUUUUUUUAUUAUUAUAUAGACAGAUCAGUAACCCUAAUUUUUGAUAAGCUGAGAGAAAUUUCGCAUUAUUGUUGUUCAUCUGUCUAAGUCUAGGUCGAUGCAAAACAACUAAAACAUCCCACCGUAAGAUCUCUCAGUCUGUGUAGAUGGGAACCACUAGAGAUUUCUACCGGGGAAACACAAAUGUCUUCUGGGACGUAGAGGAUGUCUCAAUCCUUAGUCACCUAGAUCCUGAAUUGGUUUAUGGUAAUAUCAAGUCCGAUCUUGAGGAUAAGGGUUUUGCAAUUGAUCCUUACUUGUCGUCGACCGUAGCGAUCGUUGAUGAUAAUGUCUCGGAAACUUUGAAAAAUUCAUAUAGUAGAUCUGGAAUCCGAUUUAUUCGCUUACCCGGAGGAACUAAAUAUGAGAGAGUUCACAACAUGUCAGUUCACACUCUUCUCUGGGCAUUGAGAGAGCAAAAUAUGCGAGCAAAUUUGAUUAUACUCUCAAAAAACUUGGGAAAAGACGAGCAGUUCACAAGUCUUAUCGAAGCUAUCAAGAAAAAAAGUGAUUACAAUAUUGUCUUCCAUGAUCCUACCAGCAUAUUAGAUAACAGUGUUGGAACCCCUGACGCCAUCGAGCAAAUCAAAGACGGAAGAUACCGCUGCAGUACUUGUAAGUCUAUAAUCAAGGAAGGCGAAAGUAGCUCCCGAAACCAAUAAGAUCAAGAAAGACAAAAGGGGCCAAUAAGUUUGUAUUCAUCUUUUGGUUUUGUUUAACUUGAAAGCCUCCAUUGAGAGUUAGUCCGUGUAUUAAAAUUAUGCAUGUGGGCGAUCAUGUUGUUGUUGAUCCAAGCUAUAAGCUCAGUUGCAUAGUUUCACUACUAUAAGAGUAUUUAUAUUAAUUAAAUUGCGUUCGAUGAAAUAUAA